AUAAGAUGAAAUUAAAUAUUUGUUUAAAAAACAUUAUAUAUAUAGAUAUAUAUGUGGAUAGAUAUUUCAUCUUAAUAUACAAUUACUUUGCAAGGAAACAAAUCAUACAAAAUACAAAUUAAGAGUCUUAAUCGGCAAGUAAAAGUCCUUAAAUAUCAACAAACGUCUUAAAAUCUCAAUAAACAUCCUAAAAGGAUUUUUAAUGUUUAUUUUAAAAAUAUUUUAAUCAUACAAGUUUGAAGUUAUUGCGCUGAAAAUCCUGUUAAACAUGUUGCUGUUGAAUCUGCAAUUUUAUUAGUUAACAAUACCAUCAUGUUAUCAAACAAGUUUGCUUUUUCCAUAUACUCAUUACCAAAACUUGAUUGUUCUUCAAAACUUUUUUCUGGUAUACUUAAGGUUAAACACAACUUAUUUCCAGGUAUAAGGUUCAAACCUACGGUUUCUGCUUCAAAUACAGUAUGCAUUGCAAUCGCGCUAGGAGGUGCUGAAAAGUAAAUUGAAAUAAUUGCGCAAAGUUUACAGACAAGAUGUUUCGUAAUUUUGGGAAUAAUCCGUUGUUUCUAAAUGAACUAUCUAAAAUAAUUGGUCAAGACUGGAAAAUCCUUGGACGCCGUUUGUCAAUAAGCGAUACCGAUCUUGAAAUAAUAGAUUAUAACAACGAAAAUAUUCGAAUAAAAGCUUAUGAAAUGUUUACAAAAUUUUUAAACAAAAGAAUUACUUUUGACGACAUCCGUAAUUCCCUAUUGAGUGAGAAAAAGAUUGAUUUGGUAAAAGAAAUUGAUUCGUUUACAAAAAAUGGAAAGUUAGUAAAAGACAAUACAUGUGGUAAACUAGAAAAAGACAAUGCAAUUAGUAUGCAACCAAAAACCCGACGUGUGUCGGAUUUGCAUUUUGCAAUCGAGAGUUUACUAAAAACAGCAAUCGACACGAUCUUAAGUUUUGAUGCUAAUGAUAAAAUAAUAGAUAUGGGAGUAAAGAUUAUAAAGAGUGUAAUAGAUCUAAUUACAUGCCAACCAAACUACAAAAAAGACGAAGACUUUUUGAAAAUGUUAAGGAGCUCAUAUGAAGUUAUAGGAGAUACUUACACUUUUAACUUCAAUUCAAAAUUUCAAGGAAAUAGUUACAAAAACAAAACUCCAGAAAAAUAUAAAAUAGCAAUUGAUGCAUACGAAAAAUGUUUAGAAUAUAAUAUAUGUUUACGUGAUCAGUUUGGUUAUAGUUUAGAGAACAUUUUAAAUAAAUUAGUUCAAAAACUAGAUAAACCAACAAAUUAUGGGUAUGACGUCACCGUGAGAGAUAGUUCAAAGUAUGAUCAGUAUUUCAAUCAGUAUGUUUCUCUAAACUUAUAUGUAAAAGGAAAAAAUUGUUUACAAGAUAAAGAUUUCGAAAAUGCAAUUUACUAUUUUAAAAGUGCAAUUGAACAUCCUAGUUGCGUAGAUACUCUAAUUAGUUCAUAUAUACAAGUUGCAAUGAUAUUACAUUAUUACCACGAGAAAACAAAACAAAAUUAUAAUACAUCAGUAGAGUAUUACAAUAAAGCUAUUGACAUUUAUUUUGAAACAAACGAUGAAAACUUAUGCGCUAGUGAAUUUACAGACUGUUUAUUUCAUUUAUACGCAUUAUUAUCUAACCCAUCAAAUUAUGAGUUUAUUUCACUUAUGGCUGAUAAAAAACAAUCAGUAAAAAUAUAUAAUAUGAAAGAAGACUAUAUAAAAAACAAAUGUUAUCUACUUUAUAUACAAGCUAAAAUAUAUGCUUGCAAACGGUUUUCUUGGAUGAAUGACAGAAAAGAAAACCUAGAUCAUGCUAAAGUUUUAGAAUAUUGCAGAAAAGCAUUACAUGCAACUGAUAUUUCGUUUGUUGUUGAAACAAAAAUUCAUUAUCUAAUGGCGUAUACUUACAGUUCUCUGAAGCCAGAGAAAGAUUUAAAUUGUUAUCAAAAUGCCAUUGCUUGUUGUCAGAAAGCACUUGAGACUCGCUUAAAACACAAUAACGAAGGAUACACAGAACGCAUUUUCACUGAAUCCAUAACGUUAGCUUACUCACCUAAAACUAAAGGAUUUCAAAAUAUUACUGUAGAUAACGCUAAACCUCUUACAGAUCUUUUAGAAAAGCUUUAUAAAUUAAACGACUCUAAAAUUAAUGGUUUCAAAAAAAUGUACGGUUCAUAUAAUUCGUUAAACAUUCAAGGUAUUUAUAUAAUUGACUCUUUUUUAUUAACAAGACAAAAUAAACUUUAUAGAGAUAUAUUAAACGAUAAAAGUAUUGCAAAUAGCAAAGAAUAUUCAGAUAGUAUUAAAUAUGAAAUGAAUGUUUUUAAUAUAACAAAAAAGAGACUAGCAGACAUUAAAAAAAAUUAUCAUUUGUACUGCUACUAUUCUGGGUUUCAAAAAACUUUCAGCUACAGUUAUCACUCAGCCAUUUUAGUGAAAAAAAGAUUAGUAGACUUAAAAACAAACAGUCUAAAUACUAAAUUAGAUUCAUUAAUUGCUUCUUUAAUAUCUGAACUUGCAGCAAAAUCUCAAUCCGAUGAUUUGAUAAGGCCGAGUUUCGAGGCUGAAAUGAUAAAUGCUGCAAAAAAUAUAACAAAACUUGCUUUUAAUCAAACUCAGUUUGAUAAUAUGGUAAUGGAUAUUAUUGUUGGCAUAGUUUAUGAAAACCAAAAUUUAAUUUUAGCAAAAAAGUCACAAAAAGACGCAAUGGCGUGGUACGAUGAGUUUAUUAAGUUAUGUAAAAAAGUUAAUGAUAAAAUUGAUGGAAAAAUAUACGGUGAAGAAUAUUCAGAAGACAUGCACAAGCUAGGCCAUAGAGACGCUGUAAGAAUCAUUUCUAAACUUAUUUCAAACGGGGAAAUUUAUGGGGAAAAUAACGUUUACUCCCUGCAAUCAAACAAUUUAAAACCGAUUUUUGAGCAGUGUCUAAAAGACGUAGUUCAAAUAGAAACUCUCAGAUUGGAUAACGUAGUUAAUGAGUCAAACGCUCCUUGUACAUCAACUAAUACAUCUCAAUUAAAUUGUUCAAAUGAAUCAGAUAAAAGUAAAUGCUGUUUUUGUUGUUGCUGUCAAUAGUUUUGUAAACAGAAAAAAAAUUUACACUCAUUUAUUUAAGUUUGACAUUUAUAAAGACUUUGAUGAAUAUUCGCGUUUUGAUUAAACUAUGAUCAAAUAUGCAACUGACUGUGUUUGGUUUUCACGGCAAUACUCUUGAUAGCUAAAGCUUGGAUUUAUUAAACACUAAAAUAAAAUCAUGACUUUUCUUCAGACGAAGCUAACUACUGCUGAUAUAAUAUUGAUGUAUAUUGUUUAUAUAUAUAGUGUUUAUACAUACUGUUUGUUACAGUAUAUUGAUAUAUACUGCUCUUUACGUAUUUUUGCUUAUACUGAAUUUAUUUUUGAUUUAAUUGAUAUUAAAUUAAAACUUGACUCAUUAAUUACUAACAUAUUAAUUAAUAGAGAUUUAAUUGUAUAACAAAAACUGAUAUAGUAACGUCAUAUAUCUUACUUUA